GGAUUUGAAGCCAGAAAAUAUCCUGUUAGAUGAUUAUGGCCACAUCAGAAUAUCUGAUUUGGGACUAGCUGUUAAAAUUCCUGAGGGUGACUCCAUCCGUGGACGAGUAGGAACAGUUGGGUAUAUGGCUCCAGAAGUCUUGAAUAACCAGCGGUAUACCCUCAGCCCUGAUUACUGGGGAUUAGGCUGCCUAAUCUAUGAAAUGAUUGCAGGACAGUCACCCUUUCGAGGAAGGAAAGAGAAGGUGAAGCGGGAAGAAGUAGACAGGAGGGUCUUGGAGAUGGAAGAGGUGUAUUCCCAUAAGUUCUCUGAAGAGGCAAAGUCUAUCUGCAAAAUGCUUCUACUCUUUCUUUUUGUGCUGGGGCAGCCAAGAGCAGUGUACUGCAAAGAUGUGUUGGACAUUGAGCAGUUUUCCACUGUCAAGGGAGUGAACUUGGACCAAACAGAUGACGAUUUCUAUUCCAAGUUUUCUACAGGCUCUGUAUCUAUCCCAUGGCAAAAUGAGAUGAUAGAAACAGAAUGUUUUAAAGAACUAAACUUAUUUGGACCAAAUGGUACUAUCUCACCAGACCUUAACAAAAACUAUCCUCCAGAACCACCGAAGAAAGGAUUGCUGCAUCGAAUAUUUAAACGUCAGCAUCAGAACAAUUCCAAGAGCUCUCCAAACUCAAAGACCAAUUUAAAUCAUCACAUCAAUUCCAAUCACGUCAGUUCAAACUCUACUGGGAGCAGUUAGCUUUUUCUGGCUUAUGGAUAUUACAUCCUUCCACUGGUAGAGGAUCAAGCAUCAAGGAUGAGAGGAGCCACCCACCAUCGAGCUAGAAGAUCAACAGUUUCUAACCACGGAAAGUUUACCCCCUCCUGUCUGUUCCAUCUAGGGAAGCUUCCCAUUUUAUGAAGACAUUUACUCUCAGGUCUGUUUUUGGGGGUGGAACUUGAGAUCUUAUGGCUCAACAUUGUACAAUACCGCAAUAGAAAAUUGGAAGCUGACAACUUGCACGUAUUUAAAAUUGCAUCCUAACUAGAAACUGAACUUCGUCCUUAUUAUUUUUAAAGGAAAGGUUUUGUAAAUUUCUCUAUUGUCUCAGUUUACAUUUUGUACAUUUGUAUUUAAAUGAAAGUCAAACUUGGGGUUGUAUAUUUUCUGAGCAGCAGCUUGUAAAGCCAUGUGUUUUAAGACUUUUUAGUGUUUUUUUUAAAGAAAAAGUGAUCAAUACUUCCAAUCUCAAAAUGAGAGGAGUUGGUUUUUUUGUUUUGUAAAUAUAGAAAAUUGUACAUAUGUUCCUUUUUCCUAUUGCUUCAGUUGAUACUUUUUUUAUAACUAACUUCACUUUUGUGUUUUUUGUUAACGGCAACACUGCAGACUAGUGUCUUCCCUCCCCUCUGUUUUGUUAAAAGCCUUGUAUCUAAUCAACUUAGACCUACAAAGUUUGCUCUCUCUAGAGAGGCUAACAGGCUAUGUCUGAAGUUCAGGACAUCAUGGGACCAUUGUUGCUAUUUGCACUUUUUUGUAGCUCUUAUAUUUGUUGCUGAAAAAUCAAAUCCUGUUUAAAAUCUCCCAUCGCUUUUUCUUCCCUGGGAUGAAAUUCUAUAACUAUUGCUAGAAAAAAGAGUGAGCACAUGUGAAGUCUAGCCUUGGCAGCUCCCUUCAAGAAGACAAUAAGAUUGCUCUUCAUUACGUUAUCUCUUGGUUUCAUCUUUAAGUGGGCUUGCACAGUUCAUGGAGAAACGGCUCUUGAAUGCACAUUGGAUUUGCAGAAAUGCCCAUUUGAUUCCUGAGUCCUGUUUGAAAGUGUAUUCGCUGCAUCCCAGAACAAGAAUGUAAUUGGUGCAAUUGGUGUAGUCUGUCUGCCAGCUGGUGCUUCCCAAUACUCCUGCUCUCGUGGAUGUAGCCUCUUCUGCGCUAGCUUCCAUUUAUGAUAUGGCAACAACGAAGGGAGUUGAAUAUCAGGAAGCUGAGCUCUUAAUGGGACCUUCUGUAUGUAAUAUUUUUUAAAAAUCUUUCCACUUUCUAUUGUUCCAAGAACUUUUGAGAUACCAGGAAUGUGAAAAAAGAUGUAAUAGUUAGAGGUUCUCCAAACA